UUGAGUAUAGUACUCCUACGACGUAUCGCGGAGGCGAUCGUGCCCGUGUCAAACAGCCGCGGCGCCUCUCCUCUCCUCUCUCCUGUUCUCGGUUUUCUCCUCCUCGUUCGGGAGGCGGAAAGGGGGCGGACGGAGGAGGGAUCGAUCGUCCCGUCCCUCGUUCUCGUUGGGUGAUCGCGGGCGGCCAUGGGAAAGAAGAUCCAGUACGCGGUGGUGGCGCGGGGCGCCGCGGUGCUGGCGGAGCACGGCGCGGGGGGCACCACCACCAACGCGGGCGCCGUCGCGCGGCAGAUCCUCGAGCGCCUCCACGCCGCCGGCGGAGGCGACGCCGCCGACUGCCGCGUCUCCUACACCCAGGGCCUCUACGUCUUCCACGUCAUGCGCGCCGACGGCCUCACCGCGCUCUGCAUGACCGACGACGACGCCACCGCCGCGUCAGGACGACGGAUUCCCUUCGCGUUUCUUGAAGACAUCCAUGGAAAGUUUGUCAAGACGUAUGGUCGUGCAGCUCUCACGGCUCUUGCUUACGCGAUGAACGACGAGUUCUCGAGGGUUUUGAGCAAGCAAAUGGACUACUACUCAAACGACCCCAACGCCGAUUGCAUAACCCGCAUGAAGGGUGAAAUGGAUCAGGUGAGGAGUAUUAUGAUUGAUAACAUCGACAAGGUGCUCGAGAGAGGCGAUCGUCUGGAGAUGUUAGUCGACAAGACCACAACUAUGCAAGGAAACACGAUGCGGUUCAAGCGGCAAGCUCACCGUUUCAGGAACACUGUGUGGUGGAGAAAUGUGAAGCUCACAGCCGCGGUGAUCCUCAUCCUACUGGCGAUCAUAUACAUUGUGCUGGCCUACAUGUGCCACGGCUUCACCCUGCCCUCCUGCGUCCGCUAAUAAACCUUCUCUGUGUCCAUACGAGGCUCUGAUCUGUCCCAGGUUUUCCCUGUAAGAGCAUGUAGCUCCAUUGCUGCAGCUUUCUCUCUUGUAUAAAGUGGAAAUGAUUUGAUUGAUUGCACCGGGCGAUUGUUUUGCUCUUGUUGGACUCCAACUCUCCAAACAUCGUGAAACAGAGGACCUAUACAUUUCCUGCACGUACGAUGGGGGUCAAGGGGUCGGUUUUCCUGGUUGAUGAUUUUUUUCUUGUCAUGAGCGAAAGAGUUUUUAAUUGUAUAAGUUAAGAACGCAAAGUGGCUGGCUGGAGGUAAACUGCCCUCACCGCUUGCCACGUGCCUUGGCACCAAUGUCCACCACGACUUUCUUAGGCUGGUCGUAAUGGGAGUAUCAUAAGCGGUAUAUGUAUGCCAACUAUUUUUUUUGGAA